AUUUCAGAGGAAACGGAAUAGCAGAACCGGGGUGUGGUUUCGGUGGUGUACAGCCAUAGGAUUUAUAAGCUGCAGAACUGAUGAGACAUCAGAAGGCUGUUAAACUUGGUAACUGAUGCGGAUCUUCACAGACAUGACUGAGCUUCCAAGCCUGAAAGGAUGAGUUCUAAGACCAAGAAAAAAUCUAGAACGUCCUUUGGGGCCACAGCCCCGCCCUUCCUCGACUACCUGCAGGAUAUUCUCCGUCGAUAUCCGGAUGGUGGACAGAUUUUAAAGGAGCUGAUUCAAAAUGCAGACGAUGCUCAAGCCACAGAAGUGGUUUUCAUCCAUGAUGAGAGAAGCUAUGGAACUGAGAGCCUUUGGACAAAUGAAUUGGGAGAAUACCAAGGUCCUGCUCUCUACGCCUACAACAAUGCUGCGUUCACUGAGGAUGACUGGGAAGGAAUUCAGCUGGCCGGGCGGAGCGGCAAGCGCAACGACCCAAACAAAGUCGGGAGGUUUGGUAUCGGCUUCAACUCUGUCUACCACAUAACAGAUGUGCCAAGUAUAUUCAGUUCAAAGCACCUUGGCAUGAUGGACCCCCAGGAAAAGAUAUUUGAAAAUGGGAAGGGUUUUCUGUGGUCUUUGGAUAACACAGAACACCAAGAUGCUCUAACGACUAUGAUCGAUCAGUUUCAACCAUUUCGAGAUAUAGUUUCACUUGUAAGCAGACAAGAAUGGUCAAAAGUCGUGGAGGAUCAACACUUUGACGGGACAAUCUUCAGGUUCCCCUUGCGCAAUCAGGCAUCAGAUAUUUCAGAUAAUCUGUAUGACUCUAACAAGGUGGUCGAGCUUUUUGAUAGCUUCAUUUUGGAUGCAGACUUGAGUCUUCUGUUCCUGAAAAAUGUGACCUCUGUGGCCUUGAUCCACAUCAAUGCACACGGCACUGCUAACACCAGACUUGAGGUGAAGUCCUCAGUCCCCACAGAUGUCAUUCUGAAGUCAGAAGACAAGUCAAUUGUUGAGGGUUCAACAAGGUUUAAACUGAUAACUCUCAACUCAGAGGACCAAAAAUUCACAAAGUGGCUUGUGACAACAUGUACCAUGAAAGAAGGCCACGUUGAAAAUCUUGAUUCACUGGCAAAGAAGUUGAGCUUUUUCCCUCAAGUUGACUUGGCUUUCCCGUGUGGUGAGAAGAGAGAUUGUAGUCAGAGUAGACUGAGCUGCUUUCUUCCUCUCCCAAACAACGAAUCCAACAAGACCGGCCUCCCGGUUUAUAUCAACGCAUGCUUUGGCCUCACAGACAACAGAAGACAAAUCAAGUGGCAGGAGGACGACCAGAAACACGACGAACAUGCUGUGUGGAAUGAAUUGCUGAUGAAGGAGGUGCUCCCACACGCAUACCUCAUGAUCAUUCAACAUGCUAUCAAACUUGCCCAAAAAUCCGAUCUGCCCGUCUUGUCCGUGUACGAUCUGUGGCCAGACAUUGCCCAGAUACAACACAAAGACAAGUGGUACGCUGUGGCGCUGGAUGUCUUUCAUCACUUAUUCAGCCAGAAACUAGCUGUCCUCUCUCUUGCCAAAGAUGAAAGAGAGUUCAUCACUCCGUCAGAAGCCGUGUUGCCCUGUAAUGGACCAACGAGCCCCGACACAUUUGCCGCCAUUAAAAGGAUUCUGGUUUCAUGCGGAGAAAAUCUUGUCACUUUACCGGGUAACGUUUCAAGAGCUUUAAGUGAGGCGUACCCACGCGCCCUUAAACAUGUGACUCCAACUUUUCUACGGGACAUUCUCCGUAGGAUUGGUGUGCACAACAUCUCUAAAGAGGACAAACUCUGUCUUUUGGAAUACGUCUUAAGUGAUGAAAAAUACAAAGACCUCAAGGGUCUUCAGCUACUUCCACUCAACGAUGGAUCUUUCAGAUCCUUCUCAAACAGAGAGGAAGACACUGCUUUGAUUGACAGCAGGGAUUUUCCAAGAGUCUUGCUACCAUUCUGCAAACACCUCUUCAUCCCAGAUGAUCUCACUCCCGCCUGCAGAACCCACCUGAAAGAACUGGCCAGAAAAAGUUUAUUUAAGGUCAUCAACAUUGGCGCAGCCCAUAUUGCCGAUUACACAAGGAGGUAUUUGCCACAGGACUGGAAGCAGAUGAAGACAGGGCUUGUCACCUGGGACAUCCGCCGCAGCCAACAUCCGCCUUUAGACUGGCUCCAAGAUUUCUGGAAAUUUCUCAACACGCACUUCAAAGAGUUAAGUGGUUUCACUGGAAUGCCAUUAAUACCAGUCAGUCCCCUGUCUGCCAGUCAGCCUGUAUCACUUGCAAGACUGGAAAAGAAAACAACCCUCAUAUUUCAGAAAAGCAAGCAGAUGAACUUGCCAGAACAAAUAACUCAGUUACUGAGCAAAGUUGGUGGGACAGUGGUGAGAGGAAACGAUUGGCUCACACACAAAGACCUUGACUCGUAUGUGCUGUGCCCAUCUCCAAAGACUGUCAUGAAAGUCUUGGCAAACUUAGAUUCUCAGGUUAUCAUCAGAGAAUUCAAAACUGCUUCUUACAAAGCACGAGAAGAACUGAAAGAUUAUCUCUCUCACCUUGACUCUCAAAUGGAUUCUCUCUCCAAGGCUGAGAAAGAUCUACUCUCCCAGUUGCCUCUGUUUCAGACCAUGAAAGGUGCCUGUGUUGCAGCUCAAUCAAAACAGGCUGUGCUUCUCAUUUCUGGUCUAACAGUACCAGCAGAGUUCCCCAUGCCCGAUUCUGUUGUGCAGUGUGCAACUGAGGCUGAUCGCAGACUGUUACAGCUGCUGAAGGUUAAUCUCUUGAACACUGCUGAAGCGACCAAUCUCCUCCUUGAUUGUAUCGAGAGGGGGGCUUUCAAAAAGCAAGACACUGAGAACAUUAUGACUUGGAUUUUACAACACGGUGAUAACCUUUUCCCUCAAAAUCGGACCUUGAAACUCAGAUGUAAGGCCUUGAGCUUCAUGGAGGUGAAUGGAAAGCCAAGAAACACUUCAAGCUUUUUUUUUGUUUCUUCCCACACUCCAGAUUGUCCUGCUCUCUACGCCUACAACAAUGCUGCGUUCACUGAGGAUGACUGGGAAGGAAUUCAGCUGGCCGGGCGGAGCGGCAAGCGCAACGACCCAAACAAAGUCGGGAGGUUUGGUAUCGGCUUCAACUCUGUCUACCACAUAACAGAUGUGCCAAGUAUAUUCAGUUCAAAGCACCUUGGCAUGAUGGACCCCCAGGAAAAGAUAUUUGAAAAUGGGAAGGGUUUUCUGUGGUCUUUGGAUAACACAGAACACCAAGAUGCUCUAACGACUAUGAUCGAUCAGUUUCAACCAUUUCGAGAUAUAGUUUCACUUGUAAGCAGACAAGAAUGGUCAAAAGUCGUGGAGGAUCAACACUUUGACGGGACAAUCUUCAGGUUCCCCUUGCGCAAUCAGGCAUCAGAUAUUUCAGAUAAUCUGUAUGACUCUAACAAGGUGGUCGAGCUUUUUGAUAGCUUCAUUUUGGAUGCAGACUUGAGUCUUCUGUUCCUGAAAAAUGUGACCUCUGUGGCCUUGAUCCACAUCAAUGCACACGGCACUGCUAACACCAGACUUGAGGUGAAGUCCUCAGUCCCCACAGAUGUCAUUCUGAAGUCAGAAGACAAGUCAAUUGUUGAGGGUUCAACAAGGUUUAAACUGAUAACUCUCAACUCAGAGGACCAAAAAUUCACAAAGUGGCUUGUGACAACAUGUACCAUGAAAGAAGGCCACGUUGAAAAUCUUGAUUCACUGGCAAAGAAGUUGAGCUUUUUCCCUCAAGUUGACUUGGCUUUCCCGUGUGGUGAGAAGAGAGAUUGUAGUCAGAGUAGACUGAGCUGCUUUCUUCCUCUCCCAAACAACGAAUCCAACAAGACCGGCCUCCCGGUUUAUAUCAACGCAUGCUUUGGCCUCACAGACAACAGAAGACAAAUCAAGUGGCAGGAGGACGACCAGAAACACGACGAACAUGCUGUGUGGAAUGAAUUGCUGAUGAAGGAGGUGCUCCCACACGCAUACCUCAUGAUCAUUCAACAUGCUAUCAAACUUGCCCAAAAAUCCGAUCUGCCCGUCUUGUCCGUGUACGAUCUGUGGCCAGACAUUGCCCAGAUACAACACAAAGACAAGUGGUACGCUGUGGCGCUGGAUGUCUUUUAUCACUUAUUCAGCCAGAAACUAGCUGUCCUCUCUCUUGCCAAAGAUGAAAGAGAGUUCAUCACGCCGUCAGAAGCCGUGUUGCCCUGUAAUGGACCAACGAGCCCCGACACAUUUGCCGCCAUUAAAAGGAUUCUGGUUUCAUGCGGAGAAAAUCUUGUCACUUUACCGGGUAACGUUUCAAGAGCUUUAAGUGAGGCGUACCCACGCGCCCUUAAACAUGUGACUCCAACUUUUCUACGGGACAUUCUCCGUAGGAUUGGUGUGCACAACAUCUCUAAAGAGGACAAACUCUGUCUUUUGGAAUACGUCUUAAGUGAUGAAAAAUACAAAGACCUCAAGGGUCUUCAGCUACUUCCACUCAACGAUGGAUCUUUCAGAUCCUUCUCAAACAGAGAGGAAGACACUGCUUUGAUUGACAGCAGGGAUUUUCCAAGAGUCUUGCUACCAUUCUGCAAACACCUCUUCAUCCCAGAUGAUCUCACUCCCGCCUGCAGAACCCACCUGAAAGAACUGGCCAGAAAAAGUUUAUUUAAGGUCAUCAACAUUGGCGCAGCCCAUAUUGCCGAUUACACAAGGAGGUAUUUGCCACAGGACUGGAAGCAGAUGAAGACAGGGCUUGUCACCUGGGACAUCCGCCGCAGCCAACAUCCGCCUUUAGACUGGCUCCAAGAUUUCUGGAAAUUUCUCAACACGCACUUCAAAGAGUUAAGUGGUUUCACUGGAAUGCCAUUAAUACCAGUCAGUCCCCUGUCUGCCAGUCAGCCUGUAUCACUUGCAAGACUGGAAAAGAAAACAACCCUCAUAUUUCAGAAAAGCAAGCAGAUGAACUUGCCAGAACAAAUAACUCAGUUACUGAGCAAAGUUGGUGGGACAGUGGUGAGAGGAAACGAUUGGCUCACACACAAAGACCUUGACUCGUAUGUGCUGUGCCCAUCUCCAAAGACUGUCAUGAAAGUCUUGGCAAACUUAGAUUCUCAGGUUAUCAUCAGAGAAUUCAAAACUGCUUCUUACAAAGCACGAGAAGAACUGAAAGAUUAUCUCUCUCACCUUGACUCUCAAAUGGAUUCUCUCUCCAAGGCUGAGAAAGAUCUACUCUCCCAGUUGCCUCUGUUUCAGACCAUGAAAGGUGCCUGUGUUGCAGCUCAAUCAAAACAGGCUGUGCUUCUCAUUUCUGGUCUAACAGUACCAGCAGAGUUCCCCAUGCCCGAUUCUGUUGUGCAGUGUGCAACUGAGGCUGAUCGCAGACUGUUACAGCUGCUGAAGGUUAAUCUCUUGAACACUGCUGAAGCGACCAAUCUCCUCCUUGAUUGUAUCGAGAGGGGGGCUUUCAAAAAGCAAGACACUGAGAACAUUAUGACUUGGAUUUUACAACACGGUGAUAACCUUUUCCCUCAAAAUCGGACCUUGAAACUCAGAUGUAAGGCCUUGAGCUUCAUGGAGGUGAAUGGAAAGCCAAGAAACACUUCAAGCUUUUUUGAUCCAAGAAUUGAAAACUUCAAAGUCAUUUUUGAUUCAGAAUUCUUCCCCCCACCCUCAUACACUCGCACACCGCAGAUGCUUCAAAGCCUGAUAGAUCUCGGAUUGCUAUGUAAAGAAGUCGACGUGUCACCUGAGCACUUGCUACAAGCUGCCACACUGAUUGAUGGACUUCAUGCUGAUUCUCAAACUGAAGCUCUCAAGAGAGCUCAGGUGCUCUUGAAGAUGUUGGAUACCAAUGAUCUACUCACAAAGUUUUCUGCUCAACAGCUUCAUCAGCUCAAGAGGCUAAAAUGGAUCCCAUGUCCUGAUCUUGGUAAUAACCACAAUAAUGACGGAUUUCAGACAAGUUUUUUCUGUCCGGAUGAAAUAAGACAUUCUGUGUACAAAGACAUUGUUGGACAUGUGAUGCCCCUGGUGGGAAAGUUCAGUGACAGAGUGAGCAGCCAACUUGGUCUUAAGCGCCAGCCCCCGCCGGAAAAAGUAGUCGAUAAUUUGUCGGUCCUGACAUCAAAGGCAAAGAAAAUGGUGGACCCUGACACAAAUGUGGUUUUCAAAAGGGAAUUGCAUAGCAUCUACAAACACAUGCAGGAUCACAUCUCAGAAUUUUCAACAUUGAUGAACAGGGACACUCCCUGGCUGUGGAACCACCAGCAGUUUGUUUCCCUUCAGGAUCUGGUUCUAGACUACCCACCCAAUCUCGAUCUGAGCUCUUACAUCGGGAAGGUGCCAAAUGAAUUUCGGCCAUACAAGAACUUGUUCCGGAAGUUCGGCCUGAGAAUGUUGCUUUCAGAUAAAGAAGUUAUUGGUAUUCUUUAUUCGAUCCAGCAAACCAUUGAACAAAGGCAACAACCAUUUGCAAAUUCCUCUGAGGUAAAAGUGUCAAUAGAAAUCCUUAACUGGCUGUGGAGAGAGAAGAAGAAAGUUGAGGAUGACAUCCCAGUUCCAGUUCUCAUAGAGGAUGAACAACAUACUCUGAAACCCCUGUCAACCGCAGUCUUCUGUGAUGUCAGCAAAAAUGGGUUGAAAGGGCUAAAGUAUAGCCAAGAGGAAAUUCAUGUUGUUCAUGAAGAAAUCCCAAGAGCUGCUGCUGAAUGGUUUGACAUUCGAUUUCUCAGUACGCAUAUCCUUGAUCCAGAGUUGGUGGGAAUAGAACAGUGUGGACAAUCUGAACCCAUAACAAUAAGGAUAAAAAACAUUCUCAAAGAGUAUGACGAAGACAGUGACAUCUUCAAAGAGCUCAUUCAAAAUGCAGAGGAUGCUGGGGCCAAAGCCUGCAAGUUCUUGGUGGAUUUCAGAGUACACAAAGACAGUCCUGAAAGUCUCAUUGACCCUGACAUGACUCUUUGUCAAGGACCUUGCCUUUGGGCAUUUAAUAAUGAGCAGUUCACAGCUGAGGAUUGGAAAAAUAUUGUUAGAGUCGGUUCUGCCUCGAAGGAAAACAAAAUGGAAAAAAUUGGAAAGUUUGGACUUGGAUUCAAUACCGUGUACCAUGUGACCGAUGUUCCUUCGAUCCUCAGUGGCAACAGUCUUCUCAUACUUGAUCCAAAUGUGACACACCUCAAGAAGCACAUAAAAGUAAACACAAAUCCUGGAAUCAAGCUGGAUCUCUCUCAGAAACGACUUUUUCAUUGUUUUCCUGGUCAGUUUGGACCAUAUGAGCGCAUUUUUGAUUGUAAUUUCAAGAGGGACGGUCCCACUGAGCCCUAUGCAGGCACUCUGUUUAGACUUCCUUUCAGAACUGAAGAAGAGGCUUCCAAGUCAGAAAUAAGUUCAAAGGUGUAUCACAAACACAAUAUCUUCACUUUUCAACAGCACUUUACAAACAAUUCACAAACACACCUGUUGUUUUUGAAGAACAUCGAUACAUUGUCGCUACAGCGUAUCUCAAACAAUGUAUCAACUCCUCCAAGAGAUGACGAAAUAGAAACCAUCCUGACUGUCUCCAAAACCACUCUGAGUAAAAAUCAGAUUCCUGAUGAAUAUGUCUUUCAGCCAAAGCAACGUGAAGCUGAGAAAUUACUGAUGAAACUCGAUGGAAAAUGCAAAGAAGUCAUUGACUGUGGCAAGGUCAACCUUGUCAAAAUAUCUAGUCAGCAAUCUGGUGUAACUGAAGUCCAGCUGUGGCUCCAUUACAGCUGCUUUGGGACAAAUCAGUCGUUGCAAAUGGCUCUGGAAGAAAAUAAGCAAGCCAGGUUCUCUUUGCCCAUUGGUGGGAUUGCUGUGCCUUUGCAACAGGACCCAGACACUAGGAAACUGGCCCCGUUGCAGACGGAUCUAGUUGGACAGGCCUUUUGCUUCCUCCCUCUUUCUGUUCACACAGGUCUUCCAGUCAAUGUAAAUGGUACUUUUGCCGUGACGAGUAACCGAAAAGGACUCUGGGAGAGUGGGCUGAAACACAACUGGAACAAAGCCCUUCUUCAGGAUCCCGUAGUGACGGCGUAUGUUACUGCACUUUUGGCACUAAAGAAAAUGUGUGAAAACAAAAAACUGGACCAAUACUGUUAUCACACAUUUUGGCCUGAUAGAGAGAAAGUGAGUGAAACCUUCAAGCCUUUGGUUGAUGCAUUGUACGCCACCAUUGCUCAGCACCCUCAUGGCCUGGAGCUCUUUAGUGAUGGAGAAUAUUGGUGCUCAAUUAACACCGCCAUUUUUCUACAUGAGAGCAUCGAAGAGAAUAAGGACAUCGGUGCACUUGCUAUGCAGGUAUACAAGAAACAUGCUAAAUCACAGAGCCGCGUUGUUCCUCUUCCACUGUGGUUGAGAAAUGGCUUCAAAAAGUGUGGCCUCAAGGACGUUUUACAGAAGAGAACAUUGAACUGGGAGACGUUUUACCAAGAAGUAGUGUUUUCCAACCUUAGUACCAUGGAUCCUAAGAGCAGAGAUACUCUUGUGCUGCACGCUAUUGACCUAAAUAACAAAGACAUUGACAAACUACUGCUGCGUUAUCCAUGCAUUCCCACAAAAGCCGGACAACUCCAGCUCAUCAAGAAACUUGUGAAUCCAUCAGGGAGAGUAUCCCCUCUUUUUGAAACGGACAAGGGACGCCUGCUUGGGGGUACCAAAAAUGACUUCUGCUCUCCUAAAAGGAUUCAACGUUUGUUGGAACUUGGAAUGGCAAAUGAUAAUCUCCCACUGGAAGACAUCAUGCAGAAAGCAGGCACAAUCUCCAAAACCUGGAGCACAGACAAAAGGAAGGCGUAUGAGCAUUUGAAUUGCCUCAUCGAACUCAUGAAGAGUCACACAAAUGACAAAGAUUGUCCCCACUGGGAAACACUGAGAAUGACUGAAUUUCUCCCAGCGUUCUCCCCCGGGGACACCAAAAUGAAAAGAAACGUAACAUUUCAAAAACCCACUGAUCUUUUUACUGGCAAAUGCUCCCCACUUGUGAACAUGACACAGCAUGUGCUCGAUCAAGACAAUCUCAAAAUACACAACGCUGAUCCAGUCCUGCAACUUUUGGGAGUUCACGACAGCCCAAGUCCUGUCGAGGUGCUUCAGCAGCUGCAAGAAGCAUGUCAGCAAUUUGAAUCCAUAGACGCAUCCAUGCUUCACAAAAUAGCAUCGGAGUGCUAUAAGUUCCUGAAUCAGUGGCUCAGUGAUUCUGGGGAUUCCACUUUCAUUUCACAGAGGGCAAAUUCAUUCCCAUUCGUUCUUGUUGGCAGUACAUUUGUAAAUGUGAACUGUGUAGCUGAAAAUGGGCAAUUUGAAGCAAAACCAUAUCUCUACGUUCUUCCAACUGCCUUCAAUGAUUUCAGGAGGCUCUGGGAAAGUGUAGGUGUUGAAAAAUGUUUCACAACCAGUCAGUUUCAAAGUGUGCUCCAGGAGGUGCAUUUCCAAAAUGGUAACAAGCCCUUGCCAAAGAGUGAUCUAACAAUUUGCCUGAAAAUUCUCAAAGAAGGAAUAUUUGAGGAAGACGCCUCAACUAUUGACCAUCUCAUACCAAACCAACACAGUGUUUUACAACGUGCCAGUGAAAUAUUUUACAAUGACAGCCCAUGGAUACCAGUCGAUCCUGAUGUCACAUUAUGUCACGAGCUUCUCCCUCGUGUUGUGGCACGCUACUUUGGAAUCAAAACUACCAAGCACCAUACCCUCGAAAACUCCCGAGAUGAGGACUUUUCACCAUUUUCUUUUCCAUUUAAACAGCAGGAAGAACUAACUGUUCGAAUUAAAAACAUAAUUUCCGCCUAUCCAAAAAAGAAGGAUAUCCUUAAAGAGCUUAUUCAAAAUGCUGAUGAUGCAGAGGCAACAGAAAUUCACUUUGUUUGGGACAAAAGACAUCAUGGAGACAAAAAAACUUUUGGGAAGAAAUGGAAUCAGCUUCAGGGUCCAGCACUGUGCGUUUUCAACAACAAGGUGUUUUCAAAAGAUGACCUGCACGGCAUUCAACAGCUGGGAGAAGGAGGAAAACACAACUCUCCAGGGAAGAUAGGCAAAUACGGAAUAGGAUUCAACUCUGUUUACCAUCUGACUGACUGCCCCUCGAUCCUCACUGGAGAUGAAAAACUCUGCAUUUCUGAUCCCAAUCAGGAAUAUAUUGAAAGUUCUUCAGGCAUACCACCAGCUGGCACUGGCUAUAAGCUAGUUGACACUUUCAAGAACAUGUACAUGGAUGUCUACAAUUCUUUUCUUCCAGACCAAUUUCCUCUUAAAGAAGGCACCAUGUUCAGAUUACCUCUACGGAUGGGUACCAUGGCAAACUCCUCUAAAAUUUCCCAGAAGGGGGUCACUGACGAGGAUUUGGAAGAACUGUGCUCUGCUCUCGCUGAAGAUCCCGAAGGACUCAUUCUGUUUCUGAAAAACAUCUGCAAAAUAAAAUUCCAUGAAAUCAACGACAAUUCAGGGCAACUUAAAACCCUGUUUGAGGUGAAUAAAACUGUACCAGAGGAAUGCAAAGGAAAAAAAGAGGCUUUUGUAAAACGUCAACAAAAUGCACUGCAAUCAGACAAAGCAACAAUAGCAGAACAACUGAUUUAUAGAACCUUGAUUUCAACCUCUAAGAAAAGACAAACUGGAUGGAUCAUUGCGGAACAGUUUGGCUCAUUUAAAAACGUUGGUAAAACAGAGCCAACACAACACGUCAAGCUACCCCAAGUAGCCAUAGCAGCGCGUGUGAGCUUAAAGAUGGGCAUAAGUUCAGUUGGAGAAUUAUCCAGCUCUGUGAACUUUAUUGGACAAGCCUUUUGUUCACUUCCUUUGCCUGGGGAAACUGGACUGCCAGUGCAUGUCAAUGCAAACUUUGAGGUAGAUUCUGCAAGAAAAAACUUUUGGACAGAAGAUGGGCAGAGUAUUAAAUCUAACUGGAAUGAAUCUUUGAGACAGAAUGUCAUUGCUCCACUGUAUGGAGAUCUCCUUCAUUACAUGAGCUGUGCCAUGGCUAAAAAGAAAAUCACUUUUGAACAGAUUGAGUCAGACUACGUAUGUUUUUGGCCAACAGUGUCCACUGGUGUUAAACAAGAUUGGCAUGAAAUGAUCCAUGAGGUAUACAGAUCAAUCAAAGAAAGAGGCCUCAAUGUGAUUCCAGUGAUGCGACGUUCCACACAAAUAAUUGCAGGCAAAACAUUCCCGCGGUACUCCUUUGACUGGUGUAACGUCAGAGAAACUGACACAACUACGGUACCUUACCUGACACAUACAAGAAACGCCACAAGAGAUGAGAUCGAUCACAUUUUGGAAGAUCUUGGAAUGACUUUGAUUCCGUCAUCCAUGCAACCGGUUUGGAACAGUUUCCGAUCCGCUGCCAUUGAAGUGAAAGAAGUGAAUCCUUUAACUGUCAGGACUUUCCUGAGAGAAAAACCCCUCAAUGAUCCAACCCAGACUCAUCAGCAAUUACCGUUGCCCAUAACUGCCACUUUGAUCAGAAAUAAAAAACGAUUUUCACAGCUCUUGAGUUUCUGCUUGAAAGAUUUGGACUCAAAAAAGGUCACCAAGGACAUCUCCAGUUCCUUCAAUGGGCUCCCACUGCUUCUAACGAGCGAUAAGGUUUUGAGAGUGUUUAACUCUGAGUCUCCCAAGCUGAUAUCAACAUAUGACAGUCUGUUCCUUGGCUACGAGGCCCAAUUUGCAGAUUUUCAGUCCAACCAUGAGCACAUUUCUGCUCUAAAAGGUUUAAGCCUAGUCGAGAGUUUGACGGUUCCCAGUGCAGUGGAAUAUCUGAAGCCAUUAAUUCAGCUGCUUCUCCAGAAAUGCGAAGUUGAUCCACACAGUGGACUUCAUGUCCCGAACAAGUCCACGUUGGAGUGGUUGAAGUCACUUUGGAAGUUCUUAAUGAGUGAAAUGAAAUCAUCUAGUUUCUUUCCACUCAGUGAUAAACAAAGCCUGACAAUGAGUGAGGUAAGGCAACUCUUCAAUAACUGCUGCAUUUUACCUGUUGUCUGUCCAAGGGGAAACAACAAGCUCCUCUUGCAAACAGUGAAAAAAAUGCCAAGUGUAAUCCAGUUUGCUUCAGAAAAAGACUUAUCAGGGAUCCUCUUUAAACUUGGGUUUAUGAAGCUUAACGUGUUAUUCUUCACAGAGUAUAUAGACAGAGAGAUUCUUUCACUUCUAUGCUCUCAACUUCUGGAUGUGAAAGAUCAAAGCUCUGUGUUGGACCAGGUCGUCAACAUUGACCACUCAGAGUUUUCCAAGCUUUCUCCUGAAGAGAUGAACGAGCUUCAGCGUUUCCUGCAGUCUGGAGUGUCAAGGUCCGAAGACAAACAAGAGUAUAAAAAAAAACUCAAGUCAUUGCCAUUAUUUGAAACAGUCCAUGGUAACAGAGUGAGGAUUGAUGGGCCCAGAGAGGUAUUCAUCUUCAACAGCCUGUAUUCAAAGGAAUUUCCCGAAUUGUUCAAGUUGUCCAACAACAUUUUUCUACGACAUAAUCCAGAGAACUCCAGUCUGUCACAAGCAUUGAACAUCAAAACCCUGACAGAUUUGGACUAUUUCAUGAAGUUCAUUCUGCCGUUUGUACACGGACUGACAGAGAUGCAAAUGUUCCAAUGCCUCAAACUGUUGCUGUCACCAUUGUUACUCCUGUAUGACAUUGAGCAUGAGAAUCGUCUCCUCAUCAUCUCCUCAAUGAAGACAGUGAAAUGUAUUCCCGAUUGUCAAGGCAGAUUGGAGACGGCAUCGUACUACUUUGAUAAGAGUGUCCCGCUAUACGAGAAAAUGUUGCCCCAAGAGAGAUUUGUGCCUGACAGGUUUUGGACUGAGCUAUGUGAAGGAUAUCAGCAAAAAGAAAAUGCAAAAAAGUUACUCAGAGACCUUGGGAUGAAGCAUGCUGUGUCAACAGAUGACAUAAUCAAUUUUGCGCGACAGCUAGAAUCAGAAGCAAAAGGAAACGAUCCACUUAAAGAGUUGAAAAAUAAAUCGUCACUAAUUUUAAAAGCAGCCUUGUCCAUUGUGAGUGAUGACCAAGGCAAAGAGGAAAGGUUGCUGGAGCGCAUCGCAGACAUUAAGUUCAUCUUUCCUGUGAAAAUUCAAGAAGAGCUGUGCAAAUAUCACCAACCAUUUGCUGGGGAGAGAACUGCUGUUGGAAUAAGAGGAUCUUUGAUAGAAAGCGAUCAAACAAAAUUGAUUUGGUCAUCGAUGCCAAUCAUACAGGUCCCGUGUUAUAAGUCAAAGAAGCUCCUGAAAAUGCUGGAAAAUGCUGGAGCGCUUGAACAACCACCUUCACACUGUGUAACCACGAACAUGAGCAACAUCUGUCAGUCGCCAUGUGAAACUGACCAGUUGAUCAGAACCCGCGCUAAGGUGUUCCGAAGUGCGUAUACCCAUCUGCAAGCCAGCGGGAUUGAGGGACAACCAUUGGCUGGUCUUCCAGUUGUGUUGGUUGAAAAAGACAAAGGGCUUGAGAGGAGUGAUGUUGUGUCUUUUUCACUCCCUCAUGACAGUGAGUUCAGACCGUAUUUCUACAAAAUUUCUCCGAAGGAUGUCAUGUUUCAAGAGUUCUUUAAAAAAAUUGGUGUAAAUGACCAUCCUACUGCAGCUCAGUAUUGUAAUGUUCUGGCAGCAGUUUAUGCCGAUUCCUGUGAUAAGCAACAACUGAACCCAAACCAACUGGAAACCGUGAAACGUGCCGUUGAGCAGUUUUUCACAUUACUCAAAACUGAAGGAAAACCGUCCCUUGAUGAUGUAAAGGCUUUGUAUCUUCCUGCAGUAGAUGGUAAAUUGAACCCAUCCUCCACUCUCUACUACAAUGACACAGUGUUUGAGAUUAAAAGGUUGGAAGAAGCGCUCGAGAAUAAGUUCCUGUUGCUCGAGAAACUCAGUGAAUGUCAUUUGGACAGCGACAGAUAUGAGAACCUUCGAUUGCUACAGUUGCUGCCUCAGAAUGUGAUGCCUAAAAUGCUGUCUCAAGUCACUGAGGAGAAAUUAGUGGAAUCACAUGUGCAGCUUUGUGAGCUUGAAAUGGAAUGCGAAUUUAGUCGAUGGUUUGAAGACCAUCUGUCCUCUGCAGCGUUUACAUAUGGACUAAUUUGCCUGAUCAGAGACCAGUCUCAGGGAGAAAAAACACAAGAGGAAGCCAAUGCCAUGUGCAAGAAGACUUUUGGCAGUAUUAAGAUUGUUUGCUGCAGAAGUCUGAAAACAAAGCUUUGGGUGGAUGGACAACCGCUGGACAAAACUGACACGGAAACCGAUGUUUUUGUCAAAAAAGACCAACAAGAUUGCUUUUUUUUCUUGAAACAUAAUGAUGCCAUGGAAGUCAUGGUGAUAGGUGACAUCAAUAUGACAUUGGCAGGAGAGAUAAAUGUCCUUUUAGGUAACAUAAUGGGAUCAAUUCACCUCCGAGUCCUUGGGCAACUUCUCACAUGUGGCAGUCAUCAAGAUGUUCAGAAAUGUUUGGCUAAGAAUGGGAUCCUUGACAGUGCUGAAGCUGAAAGUGUUCUUAAUCCACCAGCCCCUGGAUCAGAAAUUCCAGAAGAAUGGGUCGACUCCUUAGACAUGGGCAUCCUUAAUAACUUUGAAGAGGGGGAAUAUGUUGGCUACAAUACUAACGACAAGUACGUUUAUGCAGUUGUUGUGGAAGAACUGUCUGGGCACUGUGGGAUCUAUACACAAAGAUACAAAAUAGAAAUUGGAGAAGAUGAGCCGAUUGAAGUCAGUUGUCUUGACAUGUAUCAGUUUAAACGACCAAAGAAGGCGCAACCUGGACGGAGGAGUUGCACAUCUGCUGAAGCUUCUUGCAUGGACUUGGUGCCCUUAGCAGGAGCUGUGCCUCAUUCUUCCAAACCAUCAGCUGCAAGUUCAUCAUCCACAAGAUCCUCACCAGCAUCCGUUGACGAAGCCAAAAGAGAAAUUGACAAAUGCUUGGAAGAUAUCUGGACUCUUCCGCAGGAGGAGAGGCUUAAAGCUAUCAAACGACUGUACCUCAGAUGGCAUCCUGACAAAAACCCAGACUGCCCACAUCUCGCCACUGAGGCAUUCAAAUACCUAAAUAAUCGAAUUGAGGAGCUAAAGAACGGCAAAGGCAAAGGAAAAACUGCAGGCUCGACCCACUCGAGCAGAAGCUCAAAUUUCAGCCACUUCUAUGAGCAAUGGGAGAAGGAGGCCAGGCAACACAGAAAUAGUCGAGAGAGAUUCUCCAGAACCAACAAUUCCUACAACUUUUGGACCCAUAACGAAAAUGUCCCGAGGCCAAACAAAGAGGAGGCCCAGCGCUGGUGCCGACAAGCCCGGUGCGAUCUCAACGCAGCUCACAAUGACAUUGGCAGGGCGAGCACAGAGUGGUGUCUGUUCAAGAUCCACCAGGCGGUGGAAAAGGCGCUCAUAGCUGCGCAUUACAAAAGAGACGGUCAACAUCCCACCAGCACCUCCAUUUCGGCCCUCGCUCAGGGGGUUUCGCUCUACAACCUUCAGCUGAGAGUUCUGCCGCAAAUGGUCGCCAAGCUGAAGACUCUGGGAGUCGACGCCAAAAAGACUCAGUAUCCAAAAUAUCAUCCAGCCCCCCAUAUUCCCAAUGAGCAGUUUGAAUCAGAGAAUGAAAUGGCAGCAGUGAAUCAGGCAUCUGAGCUCCUUGGGGAAAUAGAGGCAUAUGUGAAUUAGGGAUCAACAGACGUUUGCAGAGUCGAUUGCUGAUGUUCCGAUAUUGACACAUUACUAAAAACAAAAUGUCACUAUUAUGUUGAGAAUUCUGAAACGAAAGAUGUAUUCUUUUUUGUGAGCCUUUACUGUAGUAAAACCAGUUUAUAUAUCAAUAUGUAUAACAUGAUCUUUGAUUAUUUCAUUCAUUACAGUUGACAGGACCAAUAUAAUGACUUUUUUUUCAACGUUAUGUUUAAAUACUCAUUGAGUACCAGUUUAAUCACUGUAUGACCUUGUUAUGAAAAUUGAAAUCUGUCAGUGUAUUCUUUUUUGCCACGCUAUAAUUUUUUUACUCUUUUAGAUCACUGUACAAAAAGGUUAUGAAAACUAAAAUAUGAAAGUAUGUUGUUUUAUAAACUCUUUAAGGAUCCAUUUAUUAAUUUGUUAAAAUUUGGGAGCAAUAUUUUUUAAUAUUAUUUUGCAUAAAAUAUUUUAAGAUAUUAAAGUUUAAUUUGGCAAUGUUAUGUAUAACUACGUAUUAUCAAUUUAUAGACUGCGCAAAUUUCUCAUUGAGUACCAAUAUAAUCUGUAGACCUUGUAAAGAAAAUAAAUAUAUUUUUACUGCAAUUUUGUAAUUUCUAACUUCUCAUUUAGGAACAAUAUAAUCCCUGUAUGACUUUGUUAUGAAGAUAUGAGAGUUGUUUUGCAAUGUUAUCACUUAGAACUAUUGAGGACCAAUAUAAUCGCUAUACAACUUUGCAAUUCUUUUGAUUACCUUGAAUGAUUUAAACACGUAGAACUGUAUCAUCUCUGUAUGAUUUUUUUUUCCCUUAUUGGUUUCUUUAAAUUUAACCUGCUGAUUUCCAUUGGCACAUAAAGAAAGUUGUCUUUAAAAAUAAAAAAAUGAAAUUGAA